AUGGCAGAAACUUCUACCACAACUAUCAUUAACCACCAUAGCCACGAAAAUCACAUUCCCAACAACAAUACUCCAAAGACAACAAAUUUCAGAUUUCCAAUAGCUGAUUUUGACAAACUAUUUUCAAGUCAAGCAAAUUUGUUAGAAUUCAAUUUACCCGACGACAUUUUAACCGAUGAUAUAAUUGCCUCUCGCUCAACACGAGCAUUUACGCGAUCACAAAAACUCGGGGCCAGACCACGUACAUAUCACAAUGGAUUAGACUCGACAGACGAAGAAGACGUCAACAAUCAAAGGUUUAAAUCAUUUGCGGCCCGACAAAAAAUUAAUUCGUCUUCUUCGCGUGUCCAUGAAAAACUCACCGUAUAUCAUAAUGGAAGACCAUACCCGAGACGUACGGUGCCGUCAAGAUUAGAUGAUAAAUUGGUGGCUGGAUUCCCAGAAUGUCCUCCGAUUACCGAGAAGUGGGAUGCAAAGAGUUUCAUCAAUACCCCUUUUACAAAAACCGUUUAUCCCUCGAAAGUGAUGAAGGGACCGUUCAAGUUAAAUGCACGCGAUAUUGAGCAAAAGUUUAUGCAAAAUUGCUUCACGUCUCACGUGUCGGCUAUUAUUACUGCCGCAAAGUAUCUUGAUGAAAGUGGAAAUACUGCUCAAGAAACCGAAGCAAGUUAA